GUCCUUUUUCCUCUCAGCCGCCGCCAGCAUGAGUAUACGUGACAUACGCAACUGACCUCCAGCCCGUGCGACCAUUUGUUUCCGUAUAUUUCCCCCUUGAUAAGACAUUGAGGGGCACCGCUCGCCGCAUUGCAUACUCCGCCGAGUACAGUUGCCACUCGGCUCGUGAAGAGAAUCCCGAACCGCUUACUCCAACGUCUGCUUAUCUGUGCUGCUAAUCGCGUCGACACCGCUACGAUGGAUAUUACUGAAAGCGACUCGUCUGUUCCCGUAGCCAGUGACUCGGUCUUCAGCGUCUCACGACCCUCGUCCGCCUCGUCGAUCCAUCCAGCCGAUACGCCCAAAGACGUCCCAGCAGGCGCGCCCGAAUCCCACCUGUUCCAGGUACGCCACACACCGAAGGCCGGCCGCGCCGUUUUCGCCACACAGGAUAUCCCCGAAGGCACGCUUGUAUGGCAGUCGGAUGACCUUACGCUGUCUGUACUACUGCGCGAGUACAGACGCGAGGUGUGUGGGCAGUGCUUUGGGUACGACUACGGGCGGGAUCUGAGCAUCCGAGACAAGACGGUGGGGUUUGCCUUUUGUUCCAGGGCAUGCCAGGACAAGUGGCAGCAAGAGCAGGGAGAGGUUGGUGUUCAAGCUUGGGCCGCCGUCGAGGAUCUUGUCCGGAAGAGGAGCAAAGAGGACAGUGACAUGGUCGAUGCUGACCUGCCGCGACCCAAGAAAAAGGACAUCAUCAAAGCUUGGGAAAAGGUGGAGGUGCAGGCGGCGCGGAUCCGGGCGGCAAGGGAAGCGGAACGGGCAGACGCUGCGGGGGAUAGGCCUGCGGUGUCUAUGACGAAGCAGGAUAAAAAAGCCGUCUCAAAGGCACUGCAGGGGCGCAUUGCUCCCGACGUGAUGAGCUUCUGUGUGAGCGGCAUCGUAUGGCGAUAUAUCCAUGCCGAGCAGUGGGAGCGGCUGCAGGCCCUCGCCAAUGACAAGACGCCGUACCACAGCUCGGACGAUCUGGAUGCUUUCACACGGACCUACCUGCAUCUGCUUGCGAUACUGCCGUUGGAGCUUCUCCCGCUCUUGACGCCAGAGACUCUUUUGACGCUCUCGCAGCGCGAUUCGCACAACUCGUUUGGGAUCCGCUCUCUCGAGGACGAAGGCUCGGAGUUCUUCGGCUACGGGUGCUGGCCAGCUGCGAGCUACUUCAACCACUCGUGCGGGCCGAAUAUUGAGAAGAAGCGUGAGGGUCGCACAUGGUACUUUAGGGCUGGGCGGGACAUUGAGAAGGGGCAGGAGCUGUGCAUCACGUAUCUGAGUGGGGAGGAGAGGAAGUUGAGUCGGGGCAAGAGGAUGCUUCGGCUGAAGAAGACGUGGGGGUUUGACUGCGGGUGCGAGCGAUGCGAAGCGCUGUAGUGUUGGUGUUGGUGUUGUUGUUGUUGUUGCACGUGCUGCCGUUGCAUGGAUGGCUGGGCUGGAGGCAUUUGUUUCGGCGGUCGUCCCCCUGCCCCGGCCACGGCUAUCGGCGUGCUAGGCGUGCUGGGCUGGGCUGGAGUAUGGGACCCUAGCGACCAGAUGGGCACAAAGGCAAUCCAC